AAUUGGGAGGGUAAUGUGAAAAAUUUCGAGAUACAUACAAGUUAUUGGUCAACUAAUAAUAAAGAUAUAGAUUAUCCAACUUCUGCAAUAUAUUCACUAUCACAUAUAGUUAUCACAUAUGUCAUUUUUGACAUUGUAUAUGCAGUUAGAAGCGCCAACAAUAUUCUUUUGAAAUAUAAAUAG